AUGUCAUUUUGGAAUUUGGAGAUCAUGGACCCUCGGAUCGAUGUUGCCUUCGAGCUUCUGGAGAAAGCAACACUAUUGGAGAAGGAUGGAUCUAAUCGGAUCGAAGCGGCCACAAAGUAUUAUGAAGCUGUCUAUCUGAUGAAAGAGGUACUGCAGCGCACUCCUCAAACACAACAAUUCAUUUCUAUUCGAAAUCUUUUGGAACAAAAAAUAAUGCUGUAUUCUGAAUCCGCCUCUCGCCUUUAUUUUGAUGACAAUAGUGCUCCACCAUCAAUAAUUUCAGAUCCAAGGUCGCCUGUCAUGGGAGAGAAAAAGUUCUUUAACGAAGAGCAAGUAGAAAAACCCAGCCGUGCCCUGAUCCAAAAGGCUACAAAGGAAAGUAUUCAGUUGAAUCGCUUGGCUGCAAAUGCGAAUUCAAGGCUUUCACGAGCAAUGGAUCUUGACGAAAGUGGUGAAAGUAAAGAUAUGAUUGUUGAUGCCUAUCUGGCUGCUGCAAAGCUCUAUUUGGACGCUAUUCGAAUAGCUGAGACAAUGCCGAACUCAUCUGUGGCAGUAUCGCUGAAGGGAUUUGUUCAGGGAGCCCUCGAUAGAGUCGAAGUUCUGAAGAAAACUAUGUCAGAGGACAAGCUUUCUCGGGAUAUUCCAAAGACACAGAAAAAACAAAUCAACUCUCCGUCGCUCAGUGCACAUGAAAAGAAAAUAUUGAUGAAAAGUUCUUUGAUUGCAUCGGGUCUAUUUCUACCGUGGUCGGAUGAAGAUGAGCAUUUUAUGUCCUCGAAGUCAUCAUCAUUAUCACGAACGACGACUGAGUUGUUUCGGGACAAAGAACUGUUGGAAUUAUCCGAAAAGCAAAAGCAACACUUCUCUCGAUGGGCUCGUCCAAGCGAAAUCAUGGCCAUGCGAGAGCGGUCAGGGAGAAGACAACAAGCACCUGUAUUGAUACAGAGUAUCAGCCCUUAUUCCAUACGACAAAAUUACGUUACAGAUUGUUCCUUCAUUGCCUCCCUUUGCAUUUGCGCCGCAUACGAGAAACGGUUUCGGCGGCGGCUCAUCACUUCUAUUAUCUACCCACAAAAUGAAAAUGGCAUCCCCGUGUACAAUCCAGCGGGCAAAUACACGGUGAAACUUUGGCUCAAUGGAGUUGCUCGCAAGGUUGUUGUUGACGAUUUGUUCCCAGUGGAUGCCUACGGCAGAUUGCUAUGCUCGGACACAAGACCAAAAAACGAUGUGCUUGAACUAUGGGUAUCUGUCAUUGAAAAGGCAUACAUGAAACUUUGUGGAGGCUACGAUUUUCCUGGAUCGAAUUCAGGUGUAGACUUGUUUUCACUGACUGGAUGGAUUCCCGAAAGAAUCUUCUUUCCAGAAAACACCAGCAAGGUUCGGGACUUCGAGACAGAACCUGAAAGGGCAUGGGAUCGUCUCUACAGUGCCAAUUCUUUUGGUGACUGUUUGAUCACUGUUUCAGCGACUCCAGAUAUGAAUGAAGCCCGAGCUAAACAGUUAGGACUCUUUAUUGGACACGCAUAUGCCGUCCUUGAUGUGGUACAAGUCAGUGACGGCACGAGGUUACUACAGAUGAAAAAUCCAUGGGCCAAGGAUAGCUGGAAAGGAAAGUAUUCUACUAGCGACCCCGCAAGCUGGAAAAAUAGUGUGCUUGCUGCUGAAAUUAAAUACGACGUCGAGCUAGCAGCUAAACAUGAUGAUGGUGUCUUUUGGAUCUGUUGGGAUGAUGUGCUAAAAUAUUUCCAAAACAUUCAACUAUCAUGGAAUCCAAAACUUUUCCCGUCCAGAUCAACGAUUCACGGUUUCUGGCCUGUAACACUUGGCCCCCAGGUUGAUACAUUCAAUAUUGGGGAGAAUCCACAGUAUGUACUGCAUUUAUCACAGGAUGCUAUCAAUAAGAAAGCAGCGAUAUGGAUACUAAUAUCUAGACACGUCACGAAACAAGAGCAAGAGGGAGCUGAGGUGACGGAUUUUUUGACGAUUCAUCUUAUGAAGAACUCAAAGAAAAAGGAGCGAGUUUGGUAUCCACAAAGGUCCACAACUCUUGUCCACGGGGCUUAUACCAACAAUCCACAUGGAUUGAUUCGAUAUGACGUAAGCGGCCCAGAGGACGAAUACAUAGCUCUAGUUCUUUCUCAACACAACAAAACCAAGGAUUUGAGUUACACUCUAUCUUGCUUCUGUACGGAGAGCUUUUCGCUUGACCACAUGGAGAGCGAGCUGCCAAACAUGCGAAUAGUCAAUGCGAAGUGGACAGCAGAAAACGCUAAAGGACCUGUCGGGAAGGAGGCCUUUUUCUUUAAUCCAAUGUAUGUUAUGACGCUUUCACAAGAUUCGACACUUCAGCUUCGAUGCAGUACGAUGAAAGGCUUUGCUGUGAAUGUGAUGCUUAUUAGAGUACAGAAAACAGGGAACAAUGACUUUCGUCAAGCAUCAAUGAAGUACGGCAAGAUUGCCUUGGAUUCUGGAAACUACAGGCAUGGCUUUGCAGUAACAAACAGAGCAAAGGUUGCAGCGGGAACAUACACCAUAGUUGUUUCAACAUUCAAUCCUGGGCAAGUGGGCCCGUUCAGUGUCAGGAUUGCAUCAUCAACGGCAUUGCAGAUUAAAGAGCUUGUAUAA